UACCCACCAAGGUCCUAGCAAAUUAGACAAACACACAAUAACACAUCCUCAACUCAACCUCUACUACAAAAACAGUCCCGCGAUAAACAAAAACCCGGUUCCACAGCUCGAAGAAACUCGCAGAAAAAUUCGAUCUUUGCCCGUCUUUUUGGAGCAGGCUGCAGAAAUCUCACUUUAUUUCUCAGCUCGUCUCUGAUCUCAAGGCUGAGUUUCAAAGGUCCAGAAAGAAGUCGAAGAAAGUUUCUGUCUUUGCCGACAUCGAGCUGGUGCUGCUCUCAGUUUAUCCAGAAACGCUGCCAAGCAUUUCCAGGAAAAACCCAGAGGGCGCUUUGUGGAACUCUGUAGGAAGCCUCAUCUUUAUUCAAGAAUUCCUCCCCGAGAUCUCCAGGAUCAAGGGGCUUGCCGAAAAGUUCUGGUCGUCUUCUGAAUAGAGAUCAGAACUGCAUUCACUCUCCCCUGAAAAUUCUGCCCGGAGCUCCCCGAGUAGACCUGAUUCGCAGCUCGCAGAACUUACGAGAAUCUCCUAGAUCGAAAUAACCAAUUUUAUCCUGUCGAAAUUUCUGUGCUGUUUCCAGAUUGAAAAUGGUCUACACAUACACGCCCACAUACUACUCCACGCUCCAUGACUCAAUCACCUCACUCUGCAAGAACAUCCUGCCGUUCUCCUUCAAGAAGCGGAGGCUGCCCUCUGCCGAGCACAAGCUCUCAGAGAUGCAGUCCGAGAACUUGAAGUGGCAGCAGGACUCUUUCCACCAGAUGCUCAACUUGAUGGGCCUGCAUAAAGAAGGAAUCUUGGGGGAGAAUGAGGUCUCUACUUUCAGGACUCAUCUCCUCGAGACACUCAUCGCAGCACCAGUCCAUCAGGAGCAUCCCACCAUUCUAAGAGACAAGCUGCUCUUCUUGCAGGAGCUGUUGUAUGCAAAGUGCAUAACGAUCGAUGAGUACCACUCCUCGAAGAGGCCUCUACUGCAGAGACUUGCAGUCCAAGGAGCUGAGAUUGAGGCACGAGACGUGAUAGUGGGGCCCGGGAAGGAUAUGAAACAGGAGACCAGCAAUAACCCAUCGGAUGAAGAAUGGUCAGUGAUUGACCUGAAGGACGAAAACUGCUUAAUCAACAAAGAGAAUUCUUCUCACUCAAAGAACAAAUCCAAAGUGAAGCAGCACAUCAAAGGAGCAGCCUCAGCUUUCGGGUUUGGGACCUUAUCUCAUAAAGCUGCUAAAGGAAAGCACGAAAAGUCCAUCUUUGACACAUUACCUCAGAACACAAACCUGGCCAAUGAAUUUGGACAGUUCCCAGAGAACCCAUUUUGGGACAGCCACUUAAGGAAGCAAGAGAGCGAGACAAAGUCAAUUCUCAUGUCCGCCAGUUCACCAACACCACCUCCACAGCCAUUACAGGAAUCUGCAAACCCAAAGAGAAAGCCAUUUCGGGCUCUUUUCACUGGAAAUGAUAGCGAGGAAAAAGCAAAGAAAUCAGGGAAGAAGCACUGGGGUGGUCUGAAGUGGAAGAGGAAUGAUUCCGAUGAUGAGACUGCCCCUCUCUCGCUGAAUGAGAGGUCGUGCAAUGAAGGAUAUUCGUGUCUAGGUGAGGGGCCUGACACGAAGCUAAUCAAGAGGAAGUUGCACUCUGAUGGAUCCCCUUCAGAUUUCUUUAUUGAUAAGGUUCUGGGGGAGAAGAUAAAGAAGGAGCUAUCAAGGAUUCAAACAGAACUCUGCUCCACAAACCCGAGUCUUAAGUUCUCAAAUGAACAGAUUGAAGCUAUCUCCACCAAGCUUCCUGUUGACAAGGCUGAUCUGAAAAAUUUCUUUCCCAAAACAUGGUGCGAUCAAUACGGGGAUCUAGUCCUAGAUGUGGUGAAGAAAGAGUUCAAAGACCAUGUCGGUGAAAUGGAGAAGCUGCGGAAUGCGGCAAGAGAGAGACAGAACAGCUCCACUUACUGGACAACGUUCGAUGACGACGACGACGACGAGAAUAGUCACCCAAACUUAUUCCGGAACAGGCAGCAACAAACAUUUGUACGAGAGGAGAAUCCUUUCUUUCAGAGACAAUGAGAGAAGAUUGAACUGAUGAAAGCUGACAUCUUGAUCGGCGCAAUCAUACGACUCCGUAUGGAAUAGAAGUUAAUCGAGAACGUGGGAGUUUUAGUAGUGUACUGUUUUCAGUCUCACUCACAACUUCUUGUGAGAGAGAUGUGGUAAUGACUCUGGAAUCAAUGUCUUUAGUACCUUUGUUGUCUUUGCUGUUCUGUAGAGUAUUGCAAGAAGUCUGAAUGAAGAAGCCUGUUCUUCUACUCAA